GCGGCCUGGCUGGGGGCCGGCAUCGGCCGCGCUGGGCCCGGGCCCGGACAAGCGCCAGCGAGGGCUCUGAGCGGGGCCUGAUCCCGGGAGCGCGGGGCCGCUCCAGCUGGGGAAGGGUCAGCGGCCGCCGUGGGGGACCGAUCCUGAUUCCGAUCGCCCCUCUCGAGCUCUGCCUCCUGGGCUGAGCCCGCCCCUGUCUCCCCGGCCCUGGCUCCUGGGCCCGAGUCUGGUUCCCAGGACUGAUCUUCGCUCCUUUGCUCGCUUCCGUCCCCGCGGGGGGCCCUGGUGCCGGGGUCUGAGCCCCUCUCCCCUGCCCUCCCGUCUCCCGAGCAGGGGCAGAGCUCGGUUCUCUUGCUGUCCCCCGCUGUGGAGGCUCCGUAUCCAACACCUGAGCUUUGCUGAUGCUCCCCUGGCCUCUGCCUGCAGGAGCCCUGUGCAGCUGUGAAGCCUGUCAUUAUCUGUGUAGAGCCCUCGGCAGCUGCUGGAAACAUCUGCAUGUGUCAGACUGAUCAGAGUCUGUGAUUGUUUCAGUACCUAUCCCGGGGGGAGGGGGGCACAUUGACUGCCGAGGCCCCACUUCAAACACGGGGUGUCUCACCAGGGCGUCUGCAGCUCACUUUUGAACAAGUCGAUUCAGGACUCCAGUGCCUGUUUGACACUUGUCUCUGUGUCAACUUGAGUGCCCACAUGUGGGAUUUGGCUGACUCCUUUAUAGGGAGUCUGGGGUUGAAAAUGUGGAGCCUCUUCUUUUAUAAUAAGCAAUCACAGUAGCCUAGGUCUAGCCUGUGCAGACUUUCUCUUGGGACUCUUCGGAAACUUCAGCAGAGGAUAUGUGCUUAGUGUGCAGUUCUGUAACAGAGACAAUCUAAGCCUCCCCUAAAACAGCCGUGAGUGCCUCUGCUAUUGCAUUGCAAGGUUCAGUGUAUCUUUGCCUGCCUACAUCAAUCUGCAAGGGAGUUGCAGAAAAGCCUCAUGUUCAUCGAGCCGUGAGUCACAACCAAUUUUUAAAGCUGUUAUAACAAAAAAAAGUGUUUGCUUUUUUUCACAAGUAAUUUUAAGAGUGUAGCUUAGAAAGAAAGAAAGAGAGAAAAAAAACAUUUUCAAUAGACACUACAUUAAUCCUGGAUGCUUUGCAAAUCCUAAACUAUAUUCAUACUUUAGUAUUACACAUACCUGUGUCAUAUACACAGAUUAGCUAUAAAAUUGUCACAUACCAUUGCCACUUUGCCUUUACUUUUAUGUAUCAUUCCCCUGACUUCCUUACUGCAGGUGUGGGCAAGAAAACUUUUCCUUUAAAACUUUUCAACAGUGGGCAUAAAAUUCUGCAGCUGAGGUCUUGAAGAAUGCAGAAGGGUAUAGUAUGUGUUGGAGCUCGCAGUGUGUAUUGACUAACUUUGUUCCUUUUUUUUUUGCUUUUCUGAUAUUGUCUUGUUUAAGUGGCUCCCAAGUGUAAAAUGUUUUCUGAGGGUGGGAUGGUGGGGUGGGAAGUACAUGUUUUAUGUUCCAGGCCGACACUUAAAAAGCUCCAUUCCUCACAUGGCCUUGGAAAGUACACUGCAUAUUUGGCUGUCCAAACCAAUAGGACUGAAGCAUUAGCUUAUUGGAUUAGUAAAUAGCAGUUGCCUGUAGAAAUUGCCAGGCACAGCCCUGUUUUGUGAUUCAUGGCCCUCUGAUAGCAUGGGUUUCAGUAUCUCCUGCCCCUAGCUUUUGUAUAUUUAAAAGAGAAAAUAAAAAAAAAUUGUCAGGGCUAUCAGCCAGGUUGUCUUUUUUUCCUGGCUAGGCUGUCUCUGUGCAUAGGUAACAGGCCAUGGGCGCUAUCUGGCUUUCCAGCACCGUAUUUAACAUGUGGUGUACUGGUCAUCUAAAUGCAAUGUUAAUAUUUCAGUUGCCAAUUAUAAAAGUUCCAGAAUACCUUAUUCUUCUCUAAGCUUUUCCAAACAAUCUUGGGGAACAGGAACAUGAAGUAUUUUUAAUCUGCAUAUAGAGGCGAAAUGAUCAUACCAGCACCAUCAUGCUUUAUCAGCAUUCUAAUGCUUUCUUAUUUAAACCAACACAUGAAUUUCAGGAGAUGAAACCAGGCAAAGGGUGAAGUUUACAGAUGAUCGUGUCUGCAAGAGCCAUCUCCUGGACUGCUGCCCUCAUGAUAUCCUGGCAGGAACACGCAUGGACCUGGGAGAAUGUACAAAGAUCCAUGACUUGGCGCUGAGAGCAGAUUAUGAGAUUGCAAGUAAAGAGAGGGACCUAUUUUUUGAGCUGGAUGCUAUGGAUCACCUGGAGUCCUUUAUCGCAGAGUGUGACCGGAGAACUGAGCUGGCUAAGAAACGCCUGGCUGAAACUCAGGAGGAGAUCAGUGCUGAAGUAUCUGCAAAGGCAGAAAAAGUUCAUGAGCUGAAUGAAGACAUAGGAAAACUGCUUGCUAAAGCUGAGCAGCUGGGAGCUGAAGGAAAUGUGGACGAAUCCCAAAAGAUCCUGAUGGAAGUUGAGAAGGUCCGAGCAAAGAAGAAAGAAGCAGAGGAAGAAUACCGCAAUUCCAUGCCCGCAUCCAGUUUCCAGCAGCAGAAGCUGCGCGUCUGUGAGGUCUGCUCAGCGUACCUUGGUCUCCAUGACAACGACCGGCGUCUGGCUGAUCACUUUGGAGGCAAAUUACACUUGGGCUUCAUUCAGAUCCGUGAAAAAUUGGACCAGUUGAGGAAAAUGGUGGCAGAAAAACAGGAGAAAAGAAACCAAGAUCGUCUGAGGCGGAGAGAAGAGAGAGAAAGAGAAGAGAGAAUGGGCAGACGGUCUGGCUCCAAAAAUAGAGAUCGCAGAAGAUCACGAUCUCGGGACAGGAGACGAAGGCGCUCACGAUCCGCUUCCCGCGAGAAACGAAAGUCCCGCUCCAGGUCCCGAGAGCGAGACAGACACAGACGCCAUCGGAGCCGCUCACGCAGCCACAGCAGAGGUCACCGACGGGGUUCCAGAGACAGGAGUUCAAAACACAAAUCCUCUAGAGACCGAUCUUCAAGAGAAAAGUCACGAGACAGAGAGAGGAAAGAGAAGAGCUCUUCUGAAAGACGGCAUGAGAGCACAAAUGGCAAAUCUCGUUCCAAGAGAUCGGAAGAGAGAGAAGCUGGCGAGAUCUGAACUCAAAUGAUCUGUAUUGCACUGUAAAUAGUCUGAUAAACAUUCUACAAAAAGCCUAAAUUUCCCAUUUAUAUUUACUGAACACAACUCAUCUUUUGUAGUUUUGAAUUUUUAUUAUUUGGCAGAUAGCUGUGAGUUUGUAGAGAUACAGAGUUACGUACUGUUUACCAGGAUUUUGUUUUAGUAGGAAUAAAUAAAUCUGAUGAAUUGACUUCAACAUAGAUCAGUGAUUUACAUAUGUGUUGAUUGGCAUGACACAAGGAAUGCAGCAGUUAGAGCUAGUGCUAUGGUUGGAAACGUAACCUGCUGUAUCAUUUGUAACACUGAUACCCUUUUGGAACGUCCACUUGCCCCUUCUCACAAUUCGAGUUUGAGAUCAUCAGUGGCACUGGUGCUACCUAAAUUCACAUUUUUCCUUUGGUUUGUGCACAUCCAGAGGAAUUUAAGGUUUUUCUUGCUUUUUUUAAGUGCUUAGCAACUCAUUUUGUGUUUCCAGUGUUUGAGAAACAUCUCAGUAUUCCAGCUAAUUUAGGACAAACAAAACUAGCCCCUAAUUUCCCUCUUAAACAACUCCAGUUCAUCUUCAUGACGAUGACCAAAGUACCUGGGGCACAAUACUGAGAUAUGCUUGGGCCUAUCCCUAGUAAUAUUUACACAUACCUACUAUAAAAAGCCUGUGUUCAAGUGAAACACAAUAUCUGGAUUGAUCUCUUUGUAACGGAGUUCAGUCAUGCUUAAUGGAGGUAGCCUUCCAAUCAGGGUAGAGCAGAAUUGUACUUUGUACAUGUGAUGGCACCUUGAGGUGUGGCCUCUUAAGACAGAAGGUUGCCUAAUAAGGGUGGGCCCUUGGCCUGGUUUCUGUGUAUAUGAAUUUACACUGAACUGGCUUAUCUCAUUGGUGCUUACAACUGAGGUGAAAGGAACCUGGACUAUAACACAGUGUGGGAAGAAUCAAAUAUCUGUAACUAGAUUAAUUUUAAAAUUAGGGAGGAAAAACUUCCUCUGAGUUCACUGUGUCAGCCACAGUGGCGAUCACAAGGAUCGUGCUAUUGUGAGACUUCCCACAGAAUAAUUUAGCUGAAGCAGUUAGUAUGUGCAGAAUCAUGAACUAAAGUAAUGUAACUCCAGCCACUGCUGUCCAGUUUUGACUUCCCAGCCUACUUAUUAAUUAGGUAAGGCAGGUAUCUGAAAUUAACACAGUUAAAUCUUACCAUUUUCCCAUAGUGGAAACUUAAGGUAUUUGUAAAUACUAUUGCAUUAGUGUGGGCAGUGUGCUGGGGUUUUCCAGCCAUUUUUUUUCCUUGCUGAGCCUCUGAUAAUUCACUUAACUCUUCGAUUUCCUUUAAUUUGCGGGGGAGUGGGGGUUUUGUUUGUUUUUUUGCAGAGGUGCAGGAGUUGUCCUUGGUGUGUUAGUCUUCUAGAUGCAUGUUUAGGUAUUGGGGGGAAUCUAGUUCCUUUUUGUUUUACAAUUAAUAUUGCAUUUUAAUUAUUGUUUUGUAAUCUCUAUGUAUCGCAAUCGGUGAGCUCCUGCUUUUCAGGGCUCUUAUUUACAAGGUCAUCAUUAGAAUAAAUUAACCUAUGAUGAGGGAACAUCACACAGGUUGGCAGCUGAUUGAUAUGCUGGGCUCAGAUCUUGUCUUCAGUUACACCUGCAACUCCUGUUGAAGCCAGUGGCAGGGGUGUACAUGUUGCUGAGAGCAAGGCCUGGCCCAGUGUAUUUCCUUUCUAGGAACACAAAGGCUCUAAUAACAAAUAAAACUCUAAAGCUGAUCACACAAGUGUAAUAGAGUGUUAGAAAGGAACCCACCAUGCAUUGAUUUGUUGUAUGUUGCGGUUUAUCAUGUUGGAGCAUUUUGUUCUUUAUAGCACCUUUGCUUAUGAGGAGUUUUGGUCUAAAUAUAAAAAUGUAAGUAAAAUAUGCUGUUCUCUUGCCAGUCUUACUCACAUUAAAGAUUUAUGUUUGUGGC